AUGGACAAACCUGGCGAACUUGAGGAUGAUACCAGAGACACUGGCGCAAGGAGUGUGCGACAGCCUGUUUCUGUGCCGACCAUCACGACGACAGUCGAUGUGGCCGACAACAACCCGACGUCAUCUGACGAAGCGCAAAAUGUCGAGGAUGAAGCGCGCCCUGGCCCCUCAAGACUUGUUGACAAUUUCAAGUCAAUUGGAGGCGAAUCUUUCAAUGCCAGAGCUCGUGACCGACUUACACCGUCGCGCGAGCUUGUAGAAGAUCUCACAGCCACGUAUUUCGACCGAAUACACCACGCCGCUCCUAUGCUGCACCAGGCUCGCUACGUGGCAUCUCUGCAGCUCUCAUCGGAUCUACAGCUACCUAGUUGCCUGCGGCUUGCUGUGAUGGCAUCAGGCGCGUGCGUCUCCCCAGCACACAGAUCCCUUGCUGUGACACUAUAUGAGCAAGCCAGAGACUUGGCCGAGGCAGACGAGACGAAUGAUGAAGGGGAAUCCUUUAUCACGCUAGCACAUGCUCAGUGUUGGCUUCUUCUGGCCAAUUUCGAGGCUCGCCGUGCAGCGUUCAUGCGAGCAGCAAUGAGUCUUGGCCGUGCUAGACAGCUCCCAGGGACCAGAUCGAGAUUGAAGAGCGCCGCCGGACUUGUUGCUCUGCCGGUGUCAGAAGAGGCCUUCACACACAGUAGCACUGAGCUGACGCAGACCCUUGAUGAAUCACUUCGCCAGAAAGCUGUGCUCCGGUCUCCGCUCGCGGCUCGGGCCCUUGUGUCGGACCUGCUCCACAGAUCUUUGAUGCUAGCCCAGGAGUCAUCACCCGUUGUCGACGAACGGCUCGGGGAACAGCAACAGCCCAUCGUUGACCAGUACUGGAGUCGGCACCGUGAUCUCGACAAUGCAUUGACUUCCAUGUUCCUUAUGCUACCGGAAAGCCUUCGGCUGCCAGCAGCAUUUCGUUGCCAGCAGGCAGUCUUUGUUAACAUCCUAAUUCACGUUGCCAUAAUCUGUCUUCACCAGUCAGCAACACGUAGAGUGCAGGCUGUAGUGGGCAUGCGUCAAAGUCGAGAACGCAUGUUUGCCGCUGCGAAGGAGAUUCAGCAUAUUUUUGGGAUGGUCCAGGAUCUGGAGAUGGCGCUCAGAAAUCCGAUGCAGGAUUUCGCUGCGUAUACAGCCGCGCUUGUUUUUCUCGAGAGGCUGGCGACAGACCACGGGGGUGAGGCGAGCAGGAGCAAUGUGAACUUCCUGCUCGAUGUGCUCAACAUCGUGAGCCAGACUAACCCGGCCGCCCAAGCCUCUGCGGUUAGGCUUACGGCAGACCUGGAGAGAGUAUCUAUUCAAAUGGCGUCCAAUUUGUGA